AAAUCCCUCUCCGGAAUCUCCCUCCGCGCCUUCCUCCUCGGCACAACCCUGGGCCUCACCACAAGCCUAACCCUCUACCUCCUCCUCCUGACCACCACCCCACUGUGGCGCCUACCCUUCUUCCUCGCCAGCCUCAGCCUCUUCCACUUUUUGGAGUACUACACCACAGCAACCUACAACCCGCGCUUCGCCGACACCACCGCCUUCCUUCUGACCUCCAACGGCUGGGCCUACAACGUCGCGCACGGGUCCGCGCUCCUCGAAUGCCUACUCACCAACACCCUAGCCCCGGCGACUUACCACCAGGGCCAGCACCAGCACCAGGUCCUGGCCCUACUGUCCCGACUGGGAAUCUACACCUUUGAAAGCUCGUCAGAAUUCCAUGAAUACCGCCUCCGAUUCCCCCUCGGUGUCGUCCUCGGCCUCACCCUCAUGGUCCUCGGCCAGACCAUCCGCUCCGUCGCCAUGGCCCAGGCCGGCAGCAGCUUCAACCACACGGUGCAGGUGGCCCGCCGCGACGACCACCGCCUGAUCACCCACGGCGUCUACCGCGUGCUGCGGCACCCGUCCUACUUCGGCUUCUUCUGGUGGGGCAUCGGCACCCAGCUCGUUUUGGGGAAUGUCGCCUGUCUCGUCGGAUAUGCCCUGGUCCUGUGGCGGUUCUUCCGGCUGCGCGUGAGGAGAGAGGAGAAUUAUCUCUGUGCUUUCUUCGGGGAUCAAUAUCGGGAGUAUAGGAAGAGGAGUUGGGUGGGGAUUCCGUUUGUUUGA